CUACAUACUUUCAUUUCCUGUGGAAACUUUCAUAUGAAGGAUAAUUUUAACAGCCACCUGUUGAGGUUUAAACAAGAUGGACGAGAACUUCACGGAAAUGUUAGAAGAGUUUAUGGGGAGCGCACUUGUUACAUGGGUAUAUUUGUUUGAGGACAUGGUUGGUGACGAUGGUCAGGACUACAUGGAAGUCAACUCCAACUCCCAAAAUGCACUUAGACAGUACCUGCGCCUCACCAAUGGAGUGUACCUCAAUGAAGUCAUGAGAAUUAUUGAUUCUAAUCCAAAAGUAGAGCAGAUCUACCGCAACGUAGGUGAUGACAAGAUUCUCAGAGUUCAGAACUUCUCCAUCCUCAACCGCCACUUGAGAUCCUACUAUCAGGAAAAUCUACAGCAGUUGGUUCUGAUGCCUCUUCCCAACAUAGCUGUUUUAGGAAGAGAUCCUCUUACAGAGGGCGCUCUGGAGGAAGUACGAAGGCUGCUUUUGCUGUUAUUGGGAUGUGCUGUACAGUGUGAGACGAAAGAAACCUUUAUUCAGCAAAUUCAGUCACUCGACAUCGAGACUCAGGCAGCUCUCGCCCUCUGCAUACAAGAGGUGACUCAGGACCCAAACACAGUUCUGCCCCUGCAGUAUGGAGAGAUGUAUGGGCUAAAUGGACUGGAAUUUCAGGCACUGCUUAGUGCACUUGCCCGGCAAAUCCAGAGCCUCCUGGCUCAGAGAGACACACAUCUGGAGAGGAUUGCAGAGCUGUCAGUGCAGCGUGAAUCGAUUUCGUCCCCCACCGCUCCCCCCGCUGGCCUCUGGGACAGCGCUCCGGAGGGACUAUCUGUACAGCUGGCAGAUAGCAAAGCUAGACUUCGCAGACUUAAGCAGGAACUCGAGGAUAAAGAAGAUCAGUUACUUGAUUACAAACAAGAAAUACAGACUAUGGAAGAGGAACUAAAGAAAUUGCAGUGUGAGAACCGGGCUCUGCAGGGUGAGGUUCGAGUCAGUCGAAAUCUGCGUGAUGAGCUGGACUGUUUGCGCGAGCGUGCAUCUAAAGCUGAGCAGCUUCAGACGGAGCUGAAGAGCUGCACGCAUCGUCUGCGCAGCAUGGAACUCUACCGAACUCAGCUGAAGGAGCAGCAGCAGUACUGUGCCUCGUUGCAGGAGAACAAGGCUCUGCUGGAGGAGCAGCUGGCUGAUGCACGUGCCCGCUGUUCCGCUCUACGUGAACUAGAGAGGGACAAUCUCCUACUCCGCCAGAAACUCAUGGACAUGGAGGCGGAGCGGGAUGUGGAAAGGCAGAGGGUCGAUGAGCUGUUGGAGAUGAACAUGAACCUGCAGAUGGAUGUGAAGCGACACUCUUUCUCUGAGGUGAUACGGAGGCACCAAUCCCAUGCCCUGCAAUCAGAGCUGGAAUCUGAUGAAGAGCUUCAGGAGCUCAAGAGUCCAGAGGAUCCUGUGGAACUAAAGCCACUUAGUGUAGAGGUGGACGAGGCGUCCUCGAUGAGGCUCCUGGGAGCUGAGAAUGAAAAUGCAGAACUCAGGAGACGACUGGAGCACCUGCUGGCUGAACAAGAGGCUCAGCAGGCUAACUCACCAGACGUAAAAGAGGCUUUGCAGAGACAAACAGAUCGACUUGCACAACUGGAGGAAGAGCACCAAAACACACUCAGAGAGUUUCAGAACCUGAAGAAUGAAAAUAACAGUCUAAAGCAAAACCUUGAAGAGCUGGAGAAAACUCGAAUGCGAGAGCAGAAGCGUGAGAGGUCAGUCGGACAGGUGCAGAGGGAGCUCCCAAGAGGAGAGUGUGAAGGAAAAGACAUGGCAAGAGAUGAGACAGACAGACAUGAGAAGAGAAAAGAUGACAUGAUAAAAGUGCUAAGAGAGGAUGGAGAAGGAGAGGAGGUCCUUCUCAGGGAGAGGAAAGAGGAGGCCAAUAAUGAUUUGGAGACUAAACUAAGAGGAGAAGCCGAGGGGGAGAAAUGGAUACAGACAAGCAGGGAAAAAUCUGAAAGCAGUGCAGCAAGAAGUGAAAACAAAACGGAUGUCCAGACAGCCUUACAAAAGGAACAACAAGAGGAAGAUGUAAGAAAGAUGGAGGCUGAUAAGCUCAGGCAAGACAUACAAAAUCUUUCCGUUCAGCUCCAGCAGGCAGAGGAGGAAACGGAUCGACAAGUUAAAUUGGUCCAGGAACUGCAUUCCAAACUGGCUGAGCAGGCGAAGAAGGCAUUGGAGGCUGAGCAAAAACUGAUUGUCCUAGAAGUUGAGAGUCAGAGACUGAGGAAAGCAGCUAAGAGUCUCACAGAAGCCAGGAAACAAAUAGAGAUGUUGCAGUGUGAAUCCAUGCAACAGGAAGAGGAGCUGAUGCGUCUGCGCAGUCAGGCAGAGCUGCACAAGAUGGAAUCAGCUGUGAUUGCACAGUUAGAGGAUGAGAGAUCUGCACUUGAGAGAGAGCGAGAGACCCUCAAAACGACCAUUGACUCUCUCCGAGCCUCAGUGCGCAAGGGCGAUCAGCUUGAGCUGACCAAUCAGACUCUAAAGGCGGAGCUUGAGCGUUUAGGACGAAGCUUGGAGUCAGCCCGUCGACGUGAAGAGGAGUUAGAAGCCGAGUUAAGGGAGUCUGGUGUCGAGGUAGAGUCCGUAAGCAGGGAGCGGGACCAAUCAAUGCUGGAAGUCACCAGAUUGGAGCAGGAAAAGGAAGUGUGUCAGUCUGAGCUAGACAGUCUGCGGCGGGAGCAAAGGCCAAAGGAGCGAGAGAUGGCUAGACUCCGGCAACAGCUAGAAAGCACCGCCUUAGCACUGGAGCACGGCAACCAGAGAGCCUGCAGCCUGGAGCUCCAGCACAGACGGAUGUGUCAGGAGCUUGCACAACUCAAAGAGACCUGCUCUCAACUAGAAGAACUUCAGAAAGAGAACCAACAACUAAAUUUACAGAAAGCUGAAAACACCACACAGAUUACCUCUCUCACACAGGAGUUAGCCAGUGAGCAUGUACAGUCGCAGAAGCUGUCCACUCAGGUUACUCAGCUGAAUCAUUCUCUUGAAGAGUUGGAGAGCAAGCUUAAAACUGUCACAUCACAACUUGAGCUGCAAACUGAACUUGUCAAAGCAGCAUCACAAGCCACUGCAUCUCCCAGCGAUUCAAGAACAGAGGUGAUAGAACAGCACAGUCAACCUGCAGUACGAAAAGAAAGUCCAGAGGAUGAUAUCAGCACUGCCAAUCAGAUCUCUGAUGACCAACAGUUACAACACGCUGGUUCAACCUGUAAAGAGAUAAAAACCUCAGAUAAAGAGCCUCAGACUCCUGAUACCAGGGAGAGCCUUGGUAUUGUCAGUGAGAAGCUUACAAACGUGGAGAAAGAGAAUGCAGUGCUGCAGCGGGAGCGGGAAGUGCUACUGUCCCAGCUUGCACAGACUCAGGCAGCCAGCACUGAGCUACGAGUACAGUUGGACACUCUGCAGCGUCACUCAAUUUCUCUGCAAGAGAACUGCACCAAACUGCAGGACCUCAACACCAAACUACAGGUAAAGCAAGCUUCUCUAAACUUUCAGCAUGCCUCAGUGUUGGCACGGUGUAAAGAAUAUGAGGUGUGCUGUGCCACCCUGGAGACAGAGUCUAAGGUGUGGCAGAAGGAGAAAGAAGAAUUAGCAGCACGAUGUGAAGCUUUGAGGCGGGACCACGAAAGAUUGACAACUCUGCAGCAAAGACAAGAGGCAGAGCUCGAGGAGCUGCUGGUCAAGCAUAGUCUGCUAAAGGGCAGCAGUCGAGCUGUCGAGGUUCAGUAUAAAGAACUGGAGGCGAGGCAUAAAGUGCUGGUGGAGAGCAAGGCAAAGCUGGAGGAGGCAGAGAGAGCGGUCAAAGAUGAGAGAGAGAAGAUGGAGAAAGCCAUGCAGCAGCAGGUCGAAAGAGAGAAAGAUCUGGAAAGGAUGAAAAUGGAGAACGAGAGGCAUGUGAAUCUGCAAAAGGAGUGGGUCCAGGUGCAGUCUGAAUUACUGGCCCAGGUUUCGGUUCUACGUAAUGACAUGAGCACAGCACAGCUAGAACGAACUAAACUGGAGGGAGAACUUAACAUGCUCAAGGAACAGAACCAGCAGCUGGAUCUCAACAAUGUCCGCCUCAACAGCCAGUACCAGCUUCUUACUCAGUUAAAGGGGAACAUGGAGGAAGAGAACAGGCACCUGGUGGAGCAAAACCAAAGUCUUGCUAAAGAGAACCGAGCACUUUUGGAGCGUAACCUCGAGAACCGAGACCAGCAUCACAAUCAGCAGAGAGAGCACCUUGACAAGCUAAACGAGCUACGCAGAGAGAAGCAGAAAUUGGUGGAGAAGAUAAUGGAUCAGUAUCGGGUUUUGGAACCUGGCAUGCUCGGACCCAAGCAACCAAAGAAGUCUAAUUGGAUUGCAGACCGCAUGAAAAAGCUGAUAAAGCCUAAAGGAGGCAGAGAGGGUCGAGCUCAGUUCAUCGCUGCUGGCAGUGUGGAGAACCUCACAGAGGUGGGAGAUAUGAUGCCCCCCGCCGCUCUAAAUCCAGCAGUUGGUCAGGAGGGAGACCCUUGUAGUUCUCCCUCACCCACUAGGAGAGCGUCAUCCCAAGGAGAGUCAGAAGAGCAAUCCAAAGUGGCUCUCAGGACAAGGCGGCGUAAACUUGGCUCCAGACAUGGUUGGGGGUUAGGCAGGAGCAAAGAUGGAGGCAUGUCUCAUUCCUUCAGCCCUGGAGAUCAUCACACACGACCUACACUGCGCUUUCGCAAUCCAACCAGUGCUUUAUGGGAAGCUGAGAAGGAUGGCAGCCCGACGCCUAGCGAGGAGGGAAAAGGUGAGAGUGAGGAGAAUGCUACUCCUGAGCACUCGGAUGUGAGCCGGGUCUCCUCUGGAGCUGAGGAUUUACACUCCAGUUUUGAAAAAAACAUGGACUAGGAACAGAAGCAAUAUUUAACUAGCCAAAGUAUGAGAAUCUGCAAUUAUUUUACUGUUUACAUUUUAUAUUAAAAACAGUUCAUAUGGUGUA